AUGCGCAGACGUGCAGCCUCGAGGCAUCUCAGCCGUGUCGAGCUCGCGUCAAGAGCCUCGGCGCAGGCGGUGCAGCGUGCAUCUGUGCUGGAAUUUGGCGAGUGGAAAAUUGCAUACCGUCGCGACGGCUUGGCGGGCACGCGAAUGUGCUGCGCCGCUUCUGCGCAAAAGGACAACAGCACAACGCGUCGUCGGUCGAGCCGCGCUAGCCAAAUGACUGCAGGUCGGAGUGUCCGAAACCCAUGCAUCUCGUCGAUCCCGCACCUCGCCAGUGUCGGUCUCAGCUUGCGGGCUGUUGGGCACGCUCUUCCGACGCUGCUGCUGCUGCUCAUCUCCGCUGUUGGAGGCGUGCAAAGUGCAACCAAUGCAGGCGCCAGAAGGGUAGGAUGCUUCCGAAAUGCUUCGGCACGCUUUCGCACACUCGAUGGAGAAGGAGAGAAGACUGGCAAUGCAUAG